GCUGUAGGGAAAGAGCAAGUGACAUAAGUGGUCGAAAACUCGGUUAACCAUUAUGUUGCCCUCACUAUCGAGGUCUUUGUUUAAGGCCUUAAAAGACGGGAAAACCGUAAUAAUCAGAAGUGUUCAGUCUAAAUCUGCUGACAGAGCUGCUCAAGCAUCAGUUGCCCUAAAGUCUGAUGGAGUUGACAGAGUUGGAGAUGCCCCUGCCCCUGGUGUGAAGGAUGAAAGUUUCAGACCACUAUAUUUGGAUGUGCAGGCCACAGCACCAAUGGAUCCUCGUGUUUUGGAUGUCAUGUUACCCUACAUGACUUCUAUGUAUGGUAACCCUCACUCUCGCACACAUGCUUAUGGCUGGGAAAGUGAAGCUGCGAUGGAAACAGCAAGAAAACAAGUAGCAGACUUGAUAGGUGCUGACCCAAGAGAAAUAAUCUUCACAAGCGGUGCAACAGAGUCCAACAACAUUGCAGUGAAAGGCGUGGCUAGAUUUUAUAAGAGCAAAAAGAAGCACGUCAUCACAACUCAGACUGAACAUAAAUGUGUGUUAGAUUCCUGUCGUGCACUGGAAGCAGAGGGCUUUGAUGUUUCGUAUUUACCUGUAAAGACAAAUGGCAUAUUAGAUCUUCAGGUUCUCCAGGAUGCAAUUCGUGAGGACACAGCGCUGGUGUCUGUGAUGACAGUAAACAAUGAGAUAGGGGUCAGACAGCCUGUGGAGGAUAUAGGCAAGCUGUGCAGAGAAAGGAAGGUAUUCUUCCAUACAGAUGCAGCCCAGGCUGUUGGGAAAAUUCCGUUGGACGUGCAGGAUAUGAAAAUAGAUCUCAUGUCAAUAAGUGGCCACAAAAUAUAUGGCCCGAAAGGUGUGGGAGCGUUAUUUGUGCGUCGCCGGCCACGGGUGCGCGUGGAACCAAUCCAGAGCGGUGGAGGUCAGGAGCGGGGCAUGAGGAGUGGCACCGUGCCCACUCCCCUGGUGGUUGGGCUGGGCUAUGCCUGUGAGCUGGCAGCGGAAGAAAUGGAGUAUGAUCACAAGAGAAUCAACAUGCUGUCAAAAAGACUGAUUGACAGAAUUACCUCCCAGGUACCAAAUGUGAUCAGGAAUGGUGACCCCGAUAAAACAUAUCCAGGCUGUGUCAAUUUGUCUUUCGCUUUCGUUGAGGGCGAGAGUCUUCUCAUGGCGCUGAAGGAUGUGGCCUUGUCAUCAGGAAGUGCCUGUACAUCAGCUUCACUGGAGCCCUCCUAUGUACUCAGAGCUAUUGGGGCAGAUGAAGACUUGGCCCAUUCUUCCAUAAGAUUUGGGAUUGGUCGAUUUACAACCACAGAAGAAGUGGAUUACACUGCAGACAAAUGUGUUGAGCAUGUCACAAAGUUGAGGGAAAUGAGCCCUCUGUGGGAAAUGGUUCAGGAAGGAAUUGACCUGAAGGACAUCAAGUGGACUCAGCAUUAGGGCUUAUCUGUUCUCACUCAUGAAAGGCAGGCAUUUCCACAUUGGCCCCCAACAGUUAACACUUCACAAGCUAUCACAUCUAAUGAAUAUCGACUCGUCUGUGCAGUGGGAUCACUGAUCACCAAGCCUGCACUUGAAAAUGAAAUCAAGAAGACUCCCAAACUAAUCGUCAAAGAGAAAAACAUUUAAUUGAAAUGUUAACAUUGUAAUUGAUAUGCCACUUCAUGAUUCCUAAUUGUACAUUUGUAUAGCGUCAUUAUGUGACUCCUUUGUGCACAGUUGGUGAUCUAAACAUGUGAUAGACAUUUUGGUGUAACAAAACUAAUUUUUUUUCACAUUUACAACAGUGUCAAAAUAUUUGUAAUGGUAGCCUAUAAGUAACAUUUAUCACAUGAUAUUAAUAACAAACAAAAAUGUACUAUAGGCCCAUGUUGAGGACUGUAAGGAUUUCUCUUUUUUCUGGAAUUUGACUUUUGGGUGAUUUACUUUGUAAUAGACUCUGAGAGGCUGUGAGGCGUUUGAAUGCAGCUUGCUGUUUCAUAUUGUCACAUAAAAGGGCUGCACCUGACCAGUGCAAAUGGAAUCAGAUUUUUGCUAUUGUAGUUAGAAUAGCCCAGCUAAUUAUCUUUCCCGAAAUGUCAGCCUCAUCUUUUGCAGAUGUUACUAUUCAAAUCAGUAACAAAGUGCCUAAAAUUUUCAGAGCAGGCCGCAUUAUAGCUUUUUCAGAAGUCAGAAUCACUUUAACAGUAUAAAUAUUUCAGGCAUGAGUCUUAUAUUAAUGAAAGGUAAUAGUAUAAGCUAUUCUAUAUAAAUAUAGAUAAUAUGAUUUGAGUUGCUCAUCAAACAUCAAAGAACACACAGACUGUACAGGUGUGACAGUAGGCCGUGGCGCCAUCCAUUGUAUUCAAAUACAUGCACAGUUGUGCUGACAGCUAUGGGAGAAGAAAAUAGUAUUAUCCCUGUGACUGAAUAUUCUCUGUACUCUGACUGAGAAUGUACUGUGUAAUUACCUUUGUGUAUGAACUGUAUUGUGAACCAUCUAUAAUUUGGUGGAAUUUUUAUUGAACAAGAUGUCCAGCUAUAUGACAGGAUCCUGUGAGAUUAAAUGAGAUCUAAUGUAAAUUUCAGAAACCGAUUUUUACACUUAGUAUAGCAGGAUAAUGAGUUGGUGGAAAACUGUAUUUGUGAUUGACUGUAACUGUCCUUGUAAAUAUAAGAUCUGCUGUUAAGAUCACUACUAACAGUUCUUAAAAGAUGUUUUGUCUGCUCUGGAAGAUGGAAUCGAUUUGUGUGUACUUUUGCCUGUUCUGUGCUUCUUACCAAGAAAAUCAAAGGCACGUUUUAUAUGAAGCCUUUUUUUUCUUCUUUCCAGUCUCUGCAGAUUACAGAAAUUGGUUAUUACACAAAAUGAGGUGUUUGCUAAAAUGAGGACUUCUUGUCACAGAAAGUAUGCUGAUAGCUGAUACAGCAGUGACAUCCCGGGGAAUGUGUUUAAAAUAAACAUUGGAAAGAACUUUUUGUUAUAUGAGUUUUGCAGU